CGUGUAGGGAUUCUGAGGAUCCCAUACCCGAGGAAUUUGAAGCUAAGAAUUUUGAGAGAAUGGCUGGAGACGAUUCCGACAAUGUGCCGUCGGCAUCCGAAUCACCGACUUCGGCAGGAUUCAACACGGAUCAGUUGCCCAAUAAUACCAGCCAGCCGUCCGACGACGAAGAGGCUGCCGUCGAUCCCCAAGUCAUUCCAGAUGAGCCGGAGGAACUCGAGGCCGAGGAAGAGGAUGAAGGAGAGGAUCUGUACAACGACAACUUCAUGGAAGAUUAUCAGAUGGUAGAUGAGGAUGACCAGUACGAGCCCCUUGGAUUGGAUGACUCGCUCGAGGAUGAGAGGGACCUGGAUCAGAUCAUGCGGGACCGCAGAGCUGCCGAGUUGGAGCUUGAUGCUCGUGAUGCUCGAUUCUCCAGUCGCAAGCUUCCCGAGCUUCUCCUUGACCAGGAUGAUGAUGACAACUAUAGACCUUCAAAGAGAUCGAGAGCAGAUUUCAGGCCGCCAGCUGUUCCAAGGAGUUUUGAUGAUACGGAUGGCAUGCAAAGCUCGCCAGGGAGAUCACACUCGAGGGAUGAUACACCCAUGACUGAUCACACCGAUAAUUAUCAGGAUGAGGAUGAAGAUGAUGAUCAAGGUGAUUUUGAGAUGUAUCGUGUGCAGGGGACAUUAAGAGAAUGGGUUACUAGAGAUGAAGUGCGACGCUUUAUUUCUAGGAAGUUCAAGGAUUUCUUACUAACAUAUGUGAAUCCAAAGAAUAGUCAAGGGAACCCUGAAUAUGUACACCUUAUAAAUGAGAUGGUCUCAGCUAAUAAGUGCAGCUUGGAGGUUGAUUACAAACAGUUCAUCUAUGUCCAUCCUAAUAUUGCCAUAUGGCUGGCUGAUGCCCCUCAAUCCGUCCUUGAAGUAAUGGAAACUGUUGCCCAAAGUGUUGUCUUUAAUUUACAUCCGAACUACAAAAAUAUCCAUCAAAAUAUUUAUGUCCGCAUUACUAACCUACCUGUUUAUGAUCAGAUUCGGAAUAUUAGGCAAAUCCAUUUGAACACCAUGAUUCGUAUUGGAGGAGUUGUGACCAGGCGUUCUGGGGUCUUCCCCCAGUUGCAACAGGUAAAAUAUGAUUGUAACAAGUGUGGAGCAGUUCUGGGACCAUUUAUCCAAAACUCAUAUUCAGAAGUGAAGGUUGGUUCUUGCCCUGAAUGCCAAUCAAAAGGUCCAUUCACUGUUAAUAUUGAGCAGACAAUAUAUAGGAAUUACCAGAAACUUACACUACAAGAAAGUCCUGGAAUCGUGCCUGCUGGUCGACUUCCAAGAUACAAGGAAGUGAUACUGUUGAAUGAUCUGAUUGAUUGUGCCCGGCCUGGGGAAGAAAUUGAAGUCACAGGGAUAUAUACAAAUAAUUUUGAUUUAUCUCUGAACACAAAGAAUGGUUUUCCUGUCUUCGCUACUGUGAUUGAAGCAAACUACAUUACAAAGAAGCAUGACCUCUUCUCUGUGUACAAACUUACCCAAGAAGAUAAAGAAGAGAUUGAGAAGUUGGCUAAGGAUCCACGGAUAGGAGAACGGAUUAUCAAGUCCAUUGCACCAUCAAUCUAUGGCCAUGAAGACAUAAAAACUGCAAUUGCUCUUGCUAUGUUUGGAGGCCAAGAGAAAAAUGUUGAAGGCAAGCAUCGGCUCCGUGGAGACAUAAAUGUACUACUGCUAGGUGAUCCGGGCACAGCAAAAUCACAAUUCCUUAAAUAUGUUGAAAAGACUGGGCAGAGAGCUGUCUACACCACUGGUAAAGGAGCCUCCGCUGUAGGGCUGACAGCAGCAGUGCACAAAGACCCAGUCACGAGGGAGUGGACACUUGAAGGAGGGGCUCUUGUUCUAGCUGAUAAAGGGAUAUGUCUUAUUGAUGAGUUUGAUAAGAUGAAUGACCAAGACAGGGUGAGUAUCCAUGAAGCAAUGGAGCAGCAGAGUAUUAGCAUAUCAAAGGCUGGGAUAGUUACUUCUCUCCAGGCUCGUUGUUCUGUCAUUGCUGCUGCAAAUCCAAUAGGAGGAAGAUAUGAUUCCUCGAAAACCUUUUCUCAAAAUGUUGAACUGACAGAUCCUAUCAUUUCUCGCUUUGACAUCCUCUGCGUUGUUAAGGACGUUGUUGACCCUGUCAUAGAUGAAAUGCUUGCACAGUUUGUAGUUGAUAGUCAUCACAAAUCACAACCAAAGGGUGCCAAUAUGGAUGACAGAUCUUUCAAUGAAUUCCAGGAAGAUACUCAAGACACUGGUAGACCAAUUGAUCCAGAGAUUCUUUCUCAAGAUUUGCUAAAGAAAUACAUAACUUAUGCCAAGUUGAAUGUAUUUCCAAGGAUUCAUGAGAAAGAUAUGGCCAAGCUUGCAAAAGUUUACGCUGAUCUUCGAAAAGAAUCUUCUCGUGGACAAGGAGUCCCUAUAGCAGUGAGGCACAUAGAAUCAAUGAUUCGGAUGUCUGAAGCACAUGCCAGAAUGCACCUCAGGCAGCAUGCCACAGAGGAAGAUGUGAACAUGGCAAUUCGUGUUCUUCUUGAGUCUUUCAUCUCUACCCAAAAGUUUGGGGUACAAAAAUCAUUACAAAAGAGCUUCAGACAGUACAUAACUUUCAAGAAAGAUUACAAUGGACUAUUACUCAUGCUUCUUGGACAGCUUGUGAAUAAUGCAAUGCGCCUUGAAGAAAUAGUGCCUGGUUCUGCUUCAGGGCUUACCUAUGUAAAUGUGAAAGUAGCAGAUCUGCAAGCCAAGGCUGAGGAAUAUGAAAUUGCUGAUCUGAGUCCAUUCUUUUCCAGUAGGGAAUUUAGAGCUCACUAUCAACUGGAUGAACAGCGGGGAGUUAUCCGGCAUCACUUCACUUCACAAUGACUCAUCAUCGUUAUUAUUGCCUAAUUCUCUAUCUACUUAUUUUGCUUUGAAUAUGUAAAUGUAGAUCCAACCUUCUAGCUAGUUAAUUUUAUUUCUCUGACGAGAAAUGGUAUUAGGACAUUGAUUUUUGUGUGCUAGAAUUUGUAGUAGUGUAAUUUUCCUGUUGCUUGAGAACAAACAGUGUUGGCAAAGAAAGAGUUGCAACAUGUGUUCACUUUUUUUAGAGAAGCAUAAUUUUGAAAAAAUAUUGUGCAAUUUA